AUGCUGUGUACCCAGCUCUUUGCCACCUUUGGCUCUGCUUUCCAUUAUCCCGACAAGGAUCAAAAUUUCACCAUUUGGGAUACCAAGCAGCAAGAGUUUCGCCCAGCUUAUCGUGUUGAGCCCUCCAGCCCAAAUGAAACAUCCUGUGGUUGCCAUUCAAGACACCGCGAAGACUCGAACUCUGUGGCUGAUAUCACAAUCGACCUUGGCCGAAUGAAGAUUGUCGAGGUCUCGACAGACGACACCACAGCGCGCAUUGGUGGUGGCGCAACUACCAUAACACGCGUGCGAAAGAACUAUAAGAAGCGUUUCUGCUCACCUUCGAUAACCAGUCCAGUUCAAGGUUACCUCUCUGAUUGGCCCUGA